AUGGAUUGUCUAGUACUAGCAGCUGCCGAAGAUAUCCAUCUUCAGGCGAACUACCGUGGCAGGGUAAUUGCUGCGGACCACAUCAGUCAAACAUGUUCUGCCGAGUCGCAUGAUGUCUAUAUGGACGAUGCCCUCUUCGGAAGCGGGCCUUUGCCGGAUCAGAGCGCACAAAUCGAGUAUCAGGAGCUAUACCUGGACUAUGAAGACUGUAUAAUGUCUCGAGACGCGGAUCUGGCGGCAGAAAUCAAUUCAUUGUAUGAGCCGGGUUCCAUGGUUCCACCAGAUCCCGAUCCGGGUCCAUUCAGCUGCGAGAUCCCACGUCUUGAACCCGGAAGCACAUUUGAAUCUGACUCUGACUCAGAGUUAGAGGAAAUCAUUGCACCUGCACAAACUACUGGUCAUAAUGCUUCCGAAUCCGCCUCGUCUGCACCCAAAAAUAAACCCAAAAGUAUGAACAAAAUGCGAAUAAAGCCGAAACUCACGCGCAAGCACGCUCGAGCUCAGAACGCAUCAAACACCCCCAAAGGUGCUCAUAAGGCUACGAAGCGCAAGUACAAGCAGCGGAUCACGUCCGCGGUCGCGCCCACCGUUAAAAAUGACCUCCCUACCGGCCCGAAACCAGCCUCCAAAUUCGCUCUGAAACCGGUCCCCAAACCUUCAUCCAAUGCUCCCCUCAAAAUCAUCCUGAGGCCCAUCUCCAACCUUGUGUUCAACGCUGCUUCAGAAUCGCCUAUCAAGACCGAGCGCCUCGUCCGACCCACCCACCUGCGGACUCCCGCUCCGAACCCCGAAUGGUCGCCCGCGGCCGACCCACCACUCCGGCGCAAGAAGCGCGGUCAGGGCUGGCACGAGUCCGCUGUGAUCUGCAACGUCGACGGCUGCACCCAUCGCUCGGGCACGCCGCAAGACUGCCAGCGGCAUCGGCUCACGCACUACGCGCCGCAACUCGUGUGCCCGGGGUGCUCGGAAGCCUUCCGCCGCGCGGACUCGCUCAAGCGCCACCUGACCGGUAUCGAUGGCCAUCGCAAAACCGGCUCUUGCUACCUUAUCGCGGUCGAGCGGUACGGCCCGGAGACGGGUGGCAACUGGCGAAAUAUGAACGCGUUCAGGGUUCAACCUGGGAGUGAGGGCGAGGAAACGGGCGAACGUUCAACCAAGAGGAAGGCGGGCAAACGUGACACGAGCAUGAUGGCGGCAAUCAUUGAAGGAAAGGAGUACUAUGAAGCCGCAAGGAAGGGACGUCCGCUGGAGACCAAUGAUGAGAACUCUUGGUAUGAUUAG